CGAUGCUUGAGUCCUGCCUCUUCUCCGCUUCCCCGGAGCUCUAUUUUGUCUCGUUCUUCUCGUCUCCUCAAUUUUCUGCUUUCUCAUACUUCACCAGACCCUCGAAAAGCCUCCGACGUACCUAGCGCCGCCUGCUCUGCAUACCGUUAAGACCUGUUACAACGUUUGAGCUGGUCAGCAACUUCAGACCCUUAAAAAGGUGUUUAUCGGUAUAUCCGGCUAGGUUUUCCGCGGCCAUUCGCACACCUUGGCAGCUACAAAGAGCGUGACGCUAUAAACAGUUAACAAACACUACAAAGAAAUCAGUACACUAUGGCAUUGAAUGCUCGGACAACCUCGUCAGCUCUGAGACGAGUACAGCCCUCGACCUUCAAAUCGCUCGCCGCUGUCCGUCCCCGAGAGCCUCUCCGCACCUACGCUUCUACAUCUGAGCCAAACCUCAAGGAGACACUCAAGAGAGUUAUUCCUGCAAAACGUGAGCUUCUGAAAAGGGUCAAGGCCCAUUCGGACAAGAAGCUUGGUGACCUGAAGGUGGAGAAUGCCCUUGGUGGCAUGAGAGGCCUCAAGGCCAUGAUCUGGGAAGGCAGCGUCCUCGACGCCAAUGAAGGCAUCCGAUUUCAUGGACGCACAAUCAAGGAUUGUCAAGCCGAGUUGCCAAAGGGAACUAGUGGAACCGAGAUGCUCCCUGAAUCCAUGUUUUGGUUAUUGCUUACUGGAGAGGUGCCGUCGACGAAUCAAGUUCGCGUUCUCUCCCGCGAGCUUGCUGCAAAGGCCACUAUCCCCAGAUUCGUUGAGCAGAUGCUCGACAACUUCCCCAAAGACCUACAUCCAAUGACACAGUUUGCUUGUGCCGUGUCUGCUCUAAAUCACGAGUCCAAGUUCGCAAAGAUGUACGAGAAGGGCAUGAACAAGGCUGAUUAUUGGGAGCCGACGUUUGACGAUGUUAUUUCGCUCCUGGCGAAGCUGCCAACCAUCGCCGCCAAAAUCUAUCAGAACGCGUACCGGGGUGGCGGUGCGCUCCCAGCCUCAAUCGAUCCCGAACAGGAUUGGAGCUACAAUUUUGCGGCAAUGUUGGGGAAGGGCGGUAAAGAACACGAGGGUUUUCAAGAUCUUCUCAGAUUGUAUCUCGCCCUACAUGGCGACCACGAGGGCGGCAAUGUCUCGGCACAUGCUACACACCUCGUAGGCUCAGCGCUCAGCGAUCCUUUCCUCUCAUAUAGCGCAGGAUUGCAAGGCCUUGCAGGGCCAUUACAUGGGCUCGCGGCCCAGGAGGUUUUGCGUUGGAUUUUGCAGAUGAAGGAAUCCAUUCCAGCAGACUUCAAGGAGAGCGACAUCAAGGACUAUUUAUGGAGCACUCUCAAGUCUGGCCGUGUCAUCCCAGGUUACGGCCAUGCCGUACUCAGAAAGCCGGAUCCGAGGUUCCAGGCAUUGAUUGAUUUCGCCAGCAGCAGACCGGAGAUUGCCAAGAACCCGGUGUUCCAGCUCGUGAAAGCAAACAGCGAGAUUGCCCCUGGGGUGCUCACGGAGCAUGGCAAGACGAAGAACCCAUACCCCAACGUAGACUCCGGGUCUGGUGUGCUUUUUCACCAUUACGGCUUCACGGAGACGCUGUACUACACGGCAACGUUUGGUGUCAGCCGCGGGCUGGGCCCGCUUGCGCAGAUGGUGUGGGACCGGGCGCUGGGCCUUCCGAUCGAGCGGCCGAAGAGCAUCAAUUUGGCGGGCAUCCUAAAGCAGGUCGAGGGGCAGUGAUGAGCAGGUUCCGUAGCAUUAUGUUGAGAGAUACCAACGUAGUAGUUAUUUCACAGUUCUGCGGUAUUGGUCAUCCCCACCAGCC